AUGUCGAAUCACGAUCUAUCAAAUGACGGCCUCAUCGGCGUCGAGUACGAUUCCAGAGGUUAUCUACAGCAAACAUGGCCCGUGGCGGUCGAACAACACCCCCCACGGUCAGACGAAACCCAUGAUUUAACGCCGCUCCAAACCAGCGGUCACCCUAUGGAACAGUCGGUGGCCCAGGAUCCCAACCUUAUGGUCGACUGGCACUACCAUCAACACUUGCAACAGACCCCUCACCAUCACCAUCUAUCUUAUUCGCCCGAGGACCCUUCGUCAGCGCCCCAAUUUACAUCCGCUAGCUAUGGCAUGGCCAUUCAGUCGUCACCGGUGGAUCUGAUGACUGGCCCUCAGGGCCAGAUGAGCGCCGGCCUACUCGAUGGGCCAUAUUUGCCGUUAUCGGCUCCAGUCGACAUGGUGCCAUUCACCUAUCACGACUUCCAGCACGAUUUGAUGGGUUUCUCCAGCGGACUUCCGGAAAUUUCAUAUGCCCCGCACCCAGUCUUGGAGAGUAGCUCGCCUACCGAUACCUACCUUGAGGUCCGUUCCCUCUCGAGUAGCGACAAUGGAUGGAGCACGGUGGACCACCGUCGCUCGCUUGAUUUCGGCUUCGCCGAGCAAGGUGUCUUCGUCAACCCCACCCAGACCCUUCACGAUCGCAGUCUUUCCGAGUCCUCAUAUUCAACCUCAUACGGCAGCUUUGUUGAUAUCGCCCACCCAAUUAGUUCACCUGGAUCUGAAGGCCACAUGGAUUUGCCGUACAACCAUAACCCUGCUCUGAGCUUCUCUGGAACUCCCCCCAUAAGUAAUGCACUGGUGCACCAUGGGCAUUCUUCCCCAGGCUCUCGUUCACCCUCUGCCGUCAGUCCUAGUGCUAUGGUCCGCCCAAUUCCUGUCCCCAUCAAGAAGUCUACCUCUCCCAGCCGCUCUUCUGGCUCUCAUUCAUCAGCCUCUCCCCCCAGUCGGAAACCCUCGAGGAAGAGCCCUAUUGCGGCUAAGAACUCCGAGACCAAGGUGCGCAAGCAAUCUCAAACCGGCAAGCCCGAGACCGAGAAGCGCGUAGGCAAGCGGAAGGGCCCUCUUAAGCCCGACCAGCGGAAGCAAGCGAGCGAAAUCCGCAAGUUGCGUGCUUGCUUGCGCUGCAAGUUCUUGAAGAAGACCUGCGACAAGGGCGAGCCCUGUGCCGGUUGCCAACCGUCCCAUGCUCGGUUAUGGCAGGUGCCUUGCACGCGCAUUGAUAUCAAGGAGAUUGGUUAUUUCAUGAAGGAUUGGAAGGCGGAUUACGAGCGUCACAUUACAAUGGGAUUCUCCGUUGGCAACAUUAAAGGAUUCUCAGACCAGGAGCGUACCCUGUUCAUCACACACGGCUAUGGGCAGAUGCUGCCCAUCAAGGCCCGCGAGGUCUACGUCCGCGACGAGCAGUGCUUUACCAUUGAUUGGGUCGAGUCGAUGCACCGUGAGCCAACACAAUAUGAAGUCGAGACCGCCAAACUCUCUGCUGGCAUGGAGGGUAUCUCGCACGCGACAUUGUCCGACUACCUGGACCGCCAUAUCGACGGCAAUGGUACCUUCGAGAAGUUUGUUGACGACUACUUUGAGGGCACGCCGUUCUUGACCCAAAUGCUCAAGACUGCCUUCCGUUACUACUACCGCACCAAGUUGCCUGUCAUCCGGAAAGCCUUGAAGCUCAUCAUUGCUUACAACUUGACUCUGCAUGUUACCAUGGUUGAAGGUCUUGGUGACGAUGAUGAGUUCAUGGGUCAGAUUUCGGAAGCUUCCUCUAAGUUCCGUGGCAAGAUCAUGGCUCCCGUGAUGAUCAACUUCCAGAUCAAGUGUGCCAUGGCCAGCAUGUGGCGUGAGCUCCAGAAAGAUGUCCUGGAGGAGCUCUCCUCGCUCUACUCCAGUGUGUACAGUGGUGAGAAGUUGAAGAACUGGCCCACCAUCUUCAUCCUGGCCUCCAUUCUUUUGGCCGUGUGGGAGGAGAUGCAGUUCGACCAACACUACCGUACCCCGGAUCAGGCUGCCGUCGACAAGUUCUGCACUGAUAUGGAGACCACUCCCGUGGGUGUCAUUGUCGGACUCUUCCAAGCCAUCUCACAGAAGCUGCCUCCUUUCACCGAGUGGGACUCGCAAAAACACCACCAACUUCUAUACUCCAACCCCGAUGUGUGCAAUACUAUGACUGAGGUCCGCCAACAUGUUGAGCAACAUGAAAACUACCUCCGUGGUCGCUCCGGCCUGGAAUUCAACCGUAACGACUUUGACUGCCUGUCCAACAAAUUUGUUUCCCGUCUUGUUAUUCGCGCGAACUAA